CUCUGGCGGUUUGCCGCAUGGUCGCUAAAGACUCAACAUCAUCUUCUUUCCGGACUCUUCAACACUGCUGUACGGGUACACGCCUCACGGAUGUAACAACGUUCACCGGACCGCACCGCAGCAGGUCACUGGAAAUCGAGGCUUCAUUCCAGCAGAGCGAUUUCUUGCUCAGUUUUAACUGAGACCUAAAGAGGCGAUAAGUGCAAUUCCUCUGCACUCAGAUAUUGAAUCAGUUUGGCAAUAUGACAGACUCCAGCUUUUAGCAACACGUCCACCCAGGAAAUAAAACUCCAGAGAGAUUUCAUUGCUGCGAUCUAAUGAUGUCGAUCCGGGAGACGCUGCAACAGAGUUUGGGACUCUAAAUGAGCAUCGGAACUUUUUUCAAAUUCUAUCUGUAGGUCUAAAUAUAUCUUCUAUCUUUUGGUCGACAGACAGGACUUUUUUUUUUCCCCCCGCUGGUUCUAGAGUGGCACUAGCCCGAUUUACCACCCUCAUGGAACGCUCAGCAUCUUUGGAUAUAGAAGCGCUCAAGAUGACUCAGGAGCAGUACAUUCUGGCAGCACAACCAAACUCUCUGCACCAGCGGGGGUCGUCGGUGUGCGCAGCCCAGGUGUACCCCGCCGUGGGAAUCUACGGCUGGAGGAAAAGAUGCUUGUACUUCUUCAUUCUCCUCCUUGUCGUCACCAUGAUUGUCAACCUGGCGUUGACCAUCUGGAUCCUCAAAGUCAUGAAUUUCACUCCGGAAGGAAUGGGCAAUCUACGAGUGACAAAAGAAGGAGUGAGAUUGGAGGGGGUGUCUGAAUUCCUAUUGCCACUAUACGUCAAAGAAAUUCAGUCUCGAAGGGACAGUCCAUUGAUCAUGCAGUCCGAUAGAAAUGUGACUAUCAAUGCUAGGACUGAUGACGGACAAUUGACUGGUCAACUCACUGUGGGCUCGGAAAUGGUGGAGGUCCAGUGUCAGAGGUUUGAGGUGAAGAGCACUGAUGGUGAGAGGGUUCUUUUCUCUGCGGAUGAAGAGGAGAUCAGCAUCGGCACAGAGAAACUUAGAGUGACAGGAUCAGAAGGAGUUGUGUUUAGUCAUUCAGUGCAGACGUCACAUGUGAGGGCAGAGCCAUUCCAGGACUUGAAGCUUGAAUCCCCGACCCGGACCCUAACUCUGGAAGCUCCCCGAGGUGUGGAGGUCAGUGCUGGGGUUGGAGACUUCACAGCAUCAUGUCGGAAAGACCUCCUACUGCAGUCCUCAGAAGGAGAGAUCUUUCUGGAUGCAAACACCAUCAGGCUGGGCAACAUUCCCCUUGGCAGUGCAGUGGACCCACUGGAAGGUGCGGCAGCAGGUACCACCUACACCAAACAGACGGGUGUGUACGAACUCUGUGCCUGCGCUAACGGCAAGCUCUACUUAUCGCCUGCUGAGAAAGGCUCAACCUGCCAAACAACAAGUAACUUUUGCCUCUGGAGCUGAAAGUUGAAGGUCUUGAGAGAGGAAGAGAGAAAAAAAACAAUGGACCAAUCGGAGAGAAGCUAAAGCUAGCCAACAAACUGAAUUGAAAUGGAUCAAGCUGGCACUAAAGCGAUUGCAAGCCAACAAGUUUCUUAUGGAUUGUAGUAUGACAAGUCAUGUGUGAAUUUGUCUCGAGCUAAAGAAGUAGCUCGACAAAGUUUGGAGAAAAUUGACCACCAGCUCAGUCACCUACUAAAAUGGAUUGUGCCAGAAUGGCGUGUUAGUCAACAGAAUGGAUGAACUUGGCAGAAUUGCAGUAAUUUAAAGGAGUCGCACUGAGGACAUAGAUGGACAACGGUAGUACUAUCUGUCGGACUAUCAAAUAUCUACGGCCUUGUGGCUGUUGUUUUCUUAAGUGCAAAUUAAGUGGUCAUGGAAGCAAAACUUGAAAGCAGGUGUAGUGUUCAUCAAAUGACCAAAAAGUUAACAAAAAUGGUUAUGACUGCAAUCUCACCAGCAGGAACACAGAAAAGGACCAUGGGUUAACCUCAGCUGCUGGUCGCUGUGGACAGCUACCACUUUUGCUUUCAUAGGGUGGGAAGCUGAGGCUAACUACUGGACCAAGCUAUACCAGAAAGGCCUUCCCCCUCCUACCCCGCUAGUAUUUCCACCCAAAUAUUAAUUAAAGUAUGACUGACCCCCAGCACCAGUCCCAUAAUGGUGUCGCUACCAUUCAAAAAAUAAUCAGUUGUGCUUUAGCCUUCAUGUCCUUCUUCCUGUAUAUAAUUCGAUUUUUUAGGGUCUUAAUUAUUCCACCAGUUUAGAUUUUCUCAUCAUCCAUCAGUAUUAGAUUUGUUUUAUUGUUUUUUUUUUUUUUUUCCUCUCAGCGCGGUCAGGCUCAGGUUACCAGCAGACAUGCAAUGCGAUAGUGGUGGUUGACUACCACACCCAGGCAACAGUCUAGUCAGUUCAGGUCUGGUAAUGAAAGUUAAUUAAAGGUAGGAUGAAUUUAGCAUUAAACGGGAUACUGCCAGGGGUGAAAGUGGCUAGAAUUUCUUGCCGGAACUCCCUGACAUAUACGUCCCCACAGAGCCAGUAUUACUUUUUUUUUUUGAGGGUGGUCAAACCUCCUAAAACAAAAGAAAUGCAAAGAAAACUGCUUUAACUGCUUGCAAAUAUACCUAUUAAACACAACAGGUUCUUCACAUGCGUUAGGCUUCUGCAGGAGGCUGCAUGGAUAACAAGCUGUAUAGCGGCUCUCGAGGACCAGAAUUGCAGACCCCUGGGCUACUGCAUUACACAUACUGGAACAAGGCAUACAUGAGAUACUGGUUUUGAUGCAAAAUUGUAUUUUUUUACAUAAUGUGCAAAAUAACAGUUAACAAAAACACCAUACAGUUACCCCAACAUCCAUCUCCUCAUUUUUAUUUUCCCGCAUUUCGACACAUCUAAAUGCAAAACCCCAAUUUUAACUACUUAAGAACAUAGGAUGUAGAGUGCAUAAAGGAAACCAUGACUAGAAAGACUUGUAGUUCUUAAAAGGUAAAUGUUAGUGUGAGUUAUAAUUUGAUAUUAAAACCCCUCUUGAUAUUUGCACUUUAAAAUUUGUAAACUUAGUUUACCUUGUAGGUCACCAUUGUGGUUGACGACACAGACACAUACACAUACACAUACACAUUCACUUCCAGAGUAUGACUCUGGCGAUGUAAACAUGUCAUCUUUUCAGCCCUUUCAAUUUGAACCCGAGAGGAACAUUAAAGAGCAGGACAGCACUGUCGAUAUUUCACAAAACGAGCAGCAAAAACAAAAUGAACAGGAAAGACGGGACGAGACAAGAGUAGGACAAAACUGGUAGUGUUUAUGUGACAAGUUCGUCCAGUGACAAUGACAGCUGUCAAGAACUCCAGUUUUCAUUUGCAGUUCUUCACAGCAAACUAUUGUGUAAUCAAUCUUAUUCCAAUAUAAUUACGGAGAUUUUUAGCAUCCGAUCUGCCGUGUGCUUUACUUAUGAUGAGGACAUACAGUGAAACACAGCAGUUUGAUUAUUUUUGUAGAUAGUCCGUGCAUCACAGCAGACGAAAACGUGCCAUUUGCCUCACACCUAAUUAGCUCCGCCUCCGUGACCAAGACAGUGCUACACCAACCAUCAUAAUUUUGUCAUGUAAAAGUGCUGACCAGAUGAUCGUCCUGCUGGUGUUCUUACUCCCGAAGCUUUUGUGGCAGUGAAUAAGCACUUUUUUACAUUCAAUUGGACCAAAGGGUGCCAAAUAAACAAGUUACAUAACAAACAUACAUAUGCAACAUGAAUACGGUGAAAAUAAAUGCUUAAGACGGACAAGUGACACUGAAAAUGAAUGAAUGAAUCUAUUAAAUUUAGUUUGAUUGUUGGCUAUUUGUAUCAUUUCCUGCCCAAUAGAUUAUAAUGACGCCUUAUUUUGCUCAUUGAUAUAUAAGAGGACUCGUUCACUGCAUGCAGGUACCGUUCAAGACCACACUUUUUAGUAACAUAAACACCACAAAAACCAUGUUAUUUUUUUCUACAUCGAUAGUAUGUGUAUUGUUUAUCGAUAUAUUAGCUGCAGUCAUUCACUCAAGUCUUUGGAUGAAAACCAACAAAUAUGUUACGAUCCGCGAAUGCGGAAGCAAAGUUGGACCCCAGAAGCAGACAACAAUAACAGAGGGAUUGCCUGCAAGGGUUUAUCGAACACACAAAACGAGCGAUCGCGAAAAGGGGGGAAAAAAAAGGGUCUGUGACAGUAGGUCGGGAUCAAUAAAUUAAAAAAAAAAAAAAAAACGAGGGAAAACCGCUGUGAGAGGCAGACGAAGAAAAAAACAACUGGCAACAAAGGGAUCGAGAAUACAAACCGUCAAAUGGCAGCAAAAUAUCUUGGCAACCCGUCUAGGAUCGGUUUAAUGACAGUGCUGAAUAGCUGGAAUUGGAUGCAGGUCGGGACCUCAUCCCACAGCUCUGUAACAAAACAAUCUGACCAGCAGCAGAAUAUGACAAAACCAUGACAGUUGUCAUACUAGCUUCGCUAGUAUGGAGCACAGGUAUUCUCCCAGUAGCAACCAUUCUUCGUGUUUACCCCCAGUGUGCAUUGCGCGUAAAACAUGGCGCCCUCCAUAGGUCAAAACAUGUAUCAAAUAUUUUAUGUGUUUCUAAUAAUAUAUUUUAGAAAGCAAGAACAAUUGUGGCCUUUUAGAGCCUACAAGUCUUUAAGUCAGUGGUACUCUUUAAAAUUGAAGAUAAUGAUAAUAAUAAAAAUUGACUUACUGUAUAUAUUAUUUAGGAAAAAAAAGUAACAUAAAUGAACUAAAAUAAUACAAAUGACUAAAUUAUGCACAGAGAAAUGGAAUAUAUAUUGAAGAUAACGCAAACAUUGACUUUUUUCUAUUAUAAGGAAAUAAAUAAGUAACAUAGGUAUAUGAACAAAAACAAGUCCAAAGUGCAAAUUAACUAUAUUGCCGAAUGUAUCACAUUUGAGACGAGCAUUUCUGGACCUCAUUGCAGUAAAAAAAAAAAAAAAAAGUUUAAAAUCUUAUUGUUUUCAAUCUCACGCAUGUAAUGCUUAUUUUAUCAUUUAUGAUACAAAUUAGAAAACAUAGCUACAAAUUAUUAUUUUUAAAAAUAUUUUAAAAUGGUUAUGCUUAGAGCCACAUAAAUCUUUCAAAAAAAAAAAAAAAAUCAGAAUUUUCUGUUUAUUAUUUCUGGGGUCAGGCAUUAACAUGGGUUAAAAUGGAAGAUGCUCUGAAUCUCCCCAUCAAAGCAAAUAAAGUAAAAUGAAAUAAGACUCUUCAACUCUUUCAUGUAUCUUAAAGAUCUGAUCAAUUUUCCGCUGCACUGCCCUUUUCUUAUUGCAUUAAUUCAACAAGCUUGUUGUUUUUUUCUUUGUUGUUGUCCCAGAAACCUGUGCAUUUGAACCAAUCAGAGCUAACUAUCCAUGCUGAUCACAUGUCAGUUUGUCAGCCAAAUGAAUAGACGACUGGAGUCCAGGCAGGGUGGUUUGCUCUGACCGUCGCGAGUCGACUGUCUUGUCGGACUCAGAUACACACGCGAGGAGAACUCUUUGGAAUUAAUAAAUAAUAAAUAUCGGUGGAAACGGAUGAUGCUACACAAGCGCUUUGUUAGGCUUGUUGUUCACACAUGUGUAUGUAAAUCAUACGUUAGUCGAUUGUUCUCAUCGAGAUGUGUGUGUAGCAGCCAGGCAGUUUUUAUUUGUUUGUUUUUUUAACAUGGAGGUUUGACAGUUACGGUCAAAGAUCAAAGCACUGUUCCGCCCCCGAAUUUUAUACUGGAACGGUGUACCAGCCCACUUUCACCCCUUGGCAAGACCAGAUAUUUGUGGGAACAAUUUGAGAAAAAACUCUUCUCUACUGGCACGGUAUGAUUAGAUAAGUUUCGGGAAACUUACAACAGGUGUUGGAUAAAAUGUGAGCACGCCCUGCAAGUCUUCCCAAAAGAGCGAAAGCUCAUUAAGCAGCAGCUCUAUAGUUUGCAUCAUUGUAGCUGUGCUGGCCAGAAACUCUCAAACUUUUGUCUGUGAGUGACAUAGCGAACAUGUUUUAUCCAUCCAUGUCCAUGAUUCAACAGCUCUGCAAACUAUAAGAAGAUUUAAGAGAUUCCACAAUAAUAUUUUGUGAAAGUUGUUUUUCUAUUGAUAGGAAACGUGAUGUGAAUAUGACGACUAAUCAGAUUAGGUGUAAUCCCCCGCCCCUGAAGGGCAAUGAGCUGAAUAAGUGCUGUAUGUGCUUAGUAAGAUGAAGGCUCUGAAGUGGUGUGUUUUUUUUUUUUUUCUCGUUUCUUUGGAUUUUUUUUUUUUUUUUUUUUUUCCAAAAGCGAUACACAGGUGCCUUUGUUGCAGUUGGAAAAAGCACAUCCAAGUCCGGACGUUCACACUCUCCUCAGUGAACAUCUGCUCUAGUGUCAACCUAUUUAUCGACCUACCUACCCUCCCCAGAUUCCUCCUUCUUCCUGGGUUUGUAUUGUCAGUAUAUCCAAUGGAAAAAAGAACGAUACAAUCCUGGUUUUGUUUUGUUUUUUUCUCACUCUGUUCUCUUAAUGAUUUUACUCUUUAUAAUAAAAAGCACAAAUGAUGCCAUGUAUAUAUCAAUACCAAUAAAAUAAAAUAAAAGACAAUAUUGUUUUCAAAGAGUGUCCAGGGAAUCAUCUGUUUUUUCUCUGUUUCCACAUAUUUUUUUAUUUAUACGCGACAUUGCAGUAUACAGGCAGUCCCUGGGUUACGAACGAGUUCCGUUCCUACGCUGGCGACGUAAACCGAAUAUCUGCAUAAGUCAGAAUUAACCCUUUAAGUCCCCCAAAAUAACUAUCCAAAAGUACAGUGGUACCUCUACAUAUGAAGUUAAUUCGUUCCAGCACCUUGUUUGUAAGUCGAAAUGGUCGUAUGUCGAGCAAGAUUUUUCCAGAGGAAUACAUUAUAAUUCCAUUAAUUCGUUCCACGGCCCAAAAACCUACACUAAAUCUUUAAUAAACACUGCUGGUACUAUUACAAAU